UCGCGGGCCAGAUCUCGCCUGCAGGCUUUGGGUUUGGCGCAUGUGUUGUAAGGCGUGCAGCACAAAAGCUGGCGAGUGAAUAAAAGGUUUAUUAAUUAACUAGCUGCUUUUUUUUGCAUUUCUUUUGUUAUAAAGUGUGGGAAUUGUGAAAGCACGGCACAGGGCAAGGUGCCGCUGGCUGUGUGUGAUCGAGUCUUCGGUGUAUCUUAUGUCCUCGUCACACAAGGAGGAAGAGAAGGCUGCCUGUGUGCGCACUAGUACAUCCAUCAAAACCUGUUGCAGCAGGUUCACUUCUGGCUUAUUCUCUCAUCUCUCAUUUCAUUCCUGUCUUUGGUUGGACAAGUGCCUGACACACACAUGCACGCACAUGGCAUGACGAUGAUAUUACAUACAGUCAAAUGCAAAACUGGGCCGUCAACGGCUUGAAUGAACAUUUUGACAAUUUGCACACUGAAGAGCACGUCUGCAAGAAUUGGAUCAAGGAUGUGCUGAGGCCUAAAAGGGAUUCCCAAGGCAUAACGCCACAAGGAAGACGUUAUUGCUGAUUUUAAAUUGAGGAAUCACAUCUUGGUACAGAAUGUCAGGCUCUCCAAUGUUUUCACCCAACAAGGACGAGUCUAAAACCUCGUCCCCUCAGCGCACACUUCAUACAUCACAGGAGCACCUUGCGACCUCCUGCCAGCAGUUUGCAGAAUCACAGACAACUCAUUGCACAGAUGUCCGCUUUACCCAACAAGCCAGAACCCCCCUCACCUCGAGGCACGCACCUGUGAGCAGCAAGCACAGCGUAGAAGGGAUGGGGCGACAGGGCAUGGUCGACGCAUGUCGUUUCCACCCGUACCAGCGCCAGCUCAGCGAGGGUGCGGUGACAAAUGCAGUUUGUCUUGAGGCCGGUUCCUCUCCCUUUCGCAGCCUGCAGGAGAUUUGCAGCCCUCAGAUGUGCUGCAUCACACUUGGACCAAACAGCGAGGCGCAAACGCUUUGGGAACGAUCCACCUAUAAUGGCCAGGUUGCGACAUGGCCGUAUGCUACUGAGGCGCAUUCCAACAAGCCAAAUUAUUCUCUUCAGAGUCUCUCAUCUCAAAUUCAUCAGAGGAACAACUCACAGCCGCUCUUCCCCAAGCCCAUUUACUCAUACAGCAUUCUCAUCUUCAUGGCUCUGAAAAACAGUGAAACGGGGAGCCUGCCCGUCAGUGAGAUCUACAGCUUCAUGACUGAAAACUUCCCCUAUUUUAAGACAGCCCCUGAUGGGUGGAAGAACUCUGUGCGCCACAACCUCUCCCUGAACAAAUGCUUUGAGAAGUUAGAGAGCAAAAAUGGGACCUCCUCUCGCAAAGGUUGUCUGUGGGGUCUCAAUCCCGCCAAGGUGGAGAAAAUGCAGGAGGAGUUGCACAAGUGGCGCCGCAAAGAUCCCCUCAGCGUACGCAGGAGCAUGGCGAGACCAGAGGACCUAGACCAUCUCAUCGGACAGAUGCCCGAGAAGCUCCAAUCGACGGCGCCAUACGCAAAACAUGCCGGUGUCUCUCGCCAACCACCGAGCAGAGCUAGUCGACAUCCACAGUAUUCACGUGCUCCUCCAGCCUCACAGCAGUCUUCUUUCCUCUCAUUCACCGACAUCCAUUUUAGCGACUCAAUGACCCUGCACUCUCCAUGUGAUGAGCAGCACACAGCAGACGUCCAUCCUGGGAGUGUGAACUUAAGGCUGCCACCGGCCUACAGUGCCACCUACCAGGACGACUUUAAUGUCGGUCUAAGAAGCCUGCAGGACUUGCAAUUAGAGGGAGAUACUUAUGACGUAGAUGUACUCAACCCCAGCCUGACCGAUCUUCAGUUGAAAGGUAACCUGUGGGAGGAGUUGCAAAAAGACAGCCUGGUGUCGCAUCUGCAAACAACCUCCACGACCGUGUCCAUCACUUCAGGCAUGCAGACAUCCUGCGUCCAUCCUGGCUGCGGAGACAGCAUUUUGCCCGUCAGUGAGACCUCAGCGGUAGCGCCGUUUGAUGGCUGUAAAAUAGAGUUUGACGACACAUCAAGUGAACCGAGCAUGAAACGUGACUGUUCAAGCCGUUGGCAUCCUGAUGUUUACUCAGCAGACAAUUUGCCGGGGUAUUUGACCUGCUGCACCACAUCCUUGGUGUAAGUAGGUCAUGUAACUGUCCACACCUUCAUAACCGACAGAUCCUUGACACACGACUGCGAUUUGAAUGAGCGUUAUGGUAGCAAGUGGCUUCAUUAUUGGAUUUGUGAUACAUGAAGCCCUCAAAUCUUUGUUUUUCCUGUUUAAAAAAAAAAAUUAAAUUCUCCAUCCAUUGACGACAAACCAGAGAGUAGCUCCCAUGUCUUGUGUGGCCUUACGUCUCAUAUAAUCUCACAAGUUCUUCGGAGAAAAUGGACAAUUUGAGCAGAGUGAGAAAAGACAACGUAACCCAUACAAUUUUUGAACCACAGAUGAUAUAACCUGAUGGUGAGGUGGUUUUGAGUCAUGGUACAGGCUGUGAAUGUAAUUCCUUUUUACAUGAACAAUUUAAUGGGUAUUUGCCAUCAAUUUCUUUUAUUUUAAAUAAACUAUUUUUCGUGCACUUGUAGAAAUGCUUCAAUUGUGCUAACCCUAGAAAAUGAAUGUAGUACAAUACACAACUAUAAAAAUGUAUUGAUACCAAUAGGAUAUAAUUUUACUUCAU